AUGCCACAGUGUUGUGCAGUGCCUAUGUGUGCAAAUAAAAAAGGAGGGCAUAAGUUCCCUACAGAAGAUAAAAACCGAUUAAAACAGUGGCUUGUAGCCAUUCGCAGAGAUAAAUUUACUCCAACGAAAAAUAGCCUCGUUUGCAAAAGCCACUUCACAAAGGAUGAUUACCAGCUACCGAAGGACUCAGUAUUAGAAAAACUAGAAAUUGAAUUCGAGAAGAAACAGAAUGAUGUUGGUAUCCAAUGUGAUUUAUGUGGAAGUGAUAAUCUCAAAACACUUAAAGAAUGUCUUCAAAAUGAAAAUAAAAAUAAAAAAUCUUCAAUUGCAAAUGUGCUAGAUAUAACCAAUGCGGCCGAAGUACAGUUUUAUACUGGUUUCCAAGAUUAUGAACAUAUCAAAUUCAUAUUUAGUAUUUUUGGAGAUGAAGUAAAUUGUUUAAAAUAUUAUCCUCAACUGAAAACAUUGAAGGUGCCGUUUCUAAACCCUUGUGAUCAAUUCCUUCUAGUGUUAAUUAAAUUACGCCGGAACAUGCUAUUUACAGAACUCGCCUUUCGAUCGAAGAUUAAUAAAACGGUACUAAGUAACAUUUUCAUAACAUGGAUCAAUUACUUAUAUUGUAAAUUGAAAGAGUUAAAUGUUUGGGUGCCAAAACAAUGCAUAGAUAAAAAUAUGAAAUACUAUGGCAAGAUUAAUCCAUGCACUGUGAUAGUAGAUUGCACGGAAAUAAAAAUAGAGAAGCCCAAAAAUCCACUUACACAACAGCUUACAUAUUCCACUUACAAAUCAGCAAAUACUCUAAAAGUUUUAAUUGGGAUUUCAGCAUCAGGCUGCGUUACAUUUGUAUCCGAUGCAUAUGGUGGAUCUACGAGUGAUCGUGAAUUGUUUGAAAAAUGUGGACUUAUUGAUAAACUUGAACCUAAUGAUAUCAUUUUUAGUGACCGUGGCUUUAAUGUACAAGACCUAGUGUGCCAUAAAGAUGUUACAGUUAAUGUGCCAGAAUUUUUAAAAAAUACUGAUGGACAAUUUGAGACUUCUCAACUGACAAGGUCAAAAAAUAUAUCUUCAGAACGGAUACACGUUGAAAGGGUCAUUGGUUUGGCUAAAACUUUUAAGAUCUUAAGCGGCAAGUUGGAUUCAAAAUUGGUGCCUUUAGCAGAUAGAAUAAUAUUUGUAUGUUUUAUGUUAACCAAUUUCAAAAAUAAUAUUAUAAAGUAA